AUGUUGAAGAGAUUGUCUACCCAGCUCAAGCGCAAUAAGGACACCAAUGGCGACGCUGAACCCAAGGCUCCCAAAGAGAACGGAAGUAAGCGCUUCUCCAAGGCUGCGCCCGUCAGGAAGUCCUCCGUCGCUCAAGAAGACAACCACCAGGUGAAGCGCGCCGAGGUUGUCGCUGUCUUUGAGAAGUAUGCGCAGGCGAUUCACGCUUCGCGCGAACCUCUGCCUAAUCAGACCGGUGAUGGCACCUACCUCAAGCACGACCAGUCUUCUGGUCUGAUCAAUGACAUCAAAUCACUCGGUUUCCGCGAUAUCAACACUGUCAAGGAUUUGAUUAAGAGCAAGGCCUCCGGCGAGCUUGUCGACGACAAGACCUACCUUAUGGAGCGCAUUAUUCAGAUGGUUGCCGAUCUCCCCGGCCAUUCGAAGAACCGUACCGAGCUCACCAACCAGUUCCUGGAUGAGCUAUGGAACUCCCUGCCUCACCCCCCUCUCUCCUACAUGGGAGAUGAGUACAAGUACCGCUCUGCCGAUGGCUCCAACAACAACCCGACUCUUCCCUGGCUCGGUGCGGCCAACACCGCCUACUGCCGCACCAUUCCCCCCAUGACCAUUCAGCCCAGCGGUCUGCCCGAUGCCGGUCUGAUCUUCGACAGCUUGUUUGCCCGUCAAGAGUUUACCCCUCACCCCAACGGUGUAUCGAGUAUGUUCUUCGACUGGGCCUCCCUCGUGAUUCACGAUAUUUUCCAGACCGAUUACCGCCAGCAACACCUGAACAAGACCUCUGCUUAUCUGGAUCUCUCCAUUCUGUACGGUGACGUUCAGGAACAGCAGGAUAUGAUCCGUUCUCAUGAGGGUGGUAAAUUGAAGCCCGAUACCUUCUCAGAGGGUCGUCUACAGGCUCUUCCGGCUGCUUGCGGUGUUUUGCUGGUUAUGCUUAAUCGUUUCCAUAACAACGUGGUCGAGCAGCUGGCCGAGAUCAACGAGAAUGGCCGCUUCACCAAGCCCCGCGAUGGUCUGCCUGCUGAGGAGGCUGAAAAGGCCUGGAAGAAGUAUGAUGAGGAUCUGUUCCAGACUGGCCGCCUCAUUACUUGCGGUUUAUACAUCAACAUCACCCUGUACGACUACCUCCGCACUAUUGUCAACCUGAACCGCACCAACUCCACCUGGUGUCUGGAUCCCCGUGCUCAGAUGGAAAAGGCUGGUUCUACACCUUCCGGCCUGGGUAACCAGUGCUCCGUCGAGUUCAAUCUGGCCUACCGCUGGCACUCGACCAUCUCCCAGGGUGAUGAGAAGUGGAUUGAGCAGGUUUACUAUGACCUCAUGGGCAAGCCCGCUGAGCAGGUCACCAUGCCGGAGCUGCUGAUGGGCAUGAAGAAGGUCGAGGGUAUGCUCGAUGCUGACCCCUCCAAGCGUACCUUCGCCCACCUGAAGCGCCAGGAGGACGGUACCUUCAAGGAUGAGGAGCUCGUCCAAAUUCUCACCCACGCUACUGAGGAUGUUGCCAGCUCUUUCGGUCCCCGCAAUGUCCCCAAGGCUCUCCGCUCCAUUGAGAUCCUCGGUAUCGAGGCUGCCCGCCGCUGGCAUGUCGGUUCACUCAACGAGUUCCGUAAGCACUUUGGUUUGAAGACUUACGACACCUUUGAGGAGAUCAACUCCGACCCGGAGAUUGCCAACACCCUGCGCCACUUGUAUGAGCACCCUGACUACGUCGAGCUGUACCCCGGUAUUGUUUCCGAGGAGGCCAAGGAGCCCAUGAUUCCUGGUGUCGGUAUUGCCCCUACCUACACCAUCUCCCGCGCUGUCCUGUCCGAUGCCGUGGCCCUGGUCCGUGGUGACCGUCACUACACCAUUGACUACAACCCUCGCAACCUGACCAACUGGGGAUACAAUGAGUGCCGCUACGACCUGAACAUCAACCAGGGUUGCGUAUUCUAUAAGUUGGCUACCCGUGCUUUCCCCAACUUCUACAAGCCUGAUUCCAUCUACGCUCACUACCCUAUGACCAUCCCCAGCGAGAACACGAACAUCAUGAAGAUGCUCGGCCGUGAACAGGACUACUCAUGGGACCGUCCCGCUUACACUCCACCCCGCGUGAACCUUCUCGCGCACGAGAACGCCAAACUGGUCCUCGAGAACUCAGCCUUCAAGGCCUCCUGGAGCCGUUCCAUGGGUGAGCUCUUCGGAAAGGGCGAGUGGGACUCCAAGCAGCGUGCCGCUUUAGGCCAGGCCUUCAACACCGAGGACUUCCCCAAGCUAGUCAAGAAGUUCUACGAGGACAUCACUAUCCGACUCAUCUCCGAGAAAGGUGCCAAAUUGGCUGGUAUCAACCAGGUCGACAUCACCCGUGACGUUGGCAACCUGGCUCACAUCCACUUCGCAUCCGCUGUCUUCGGCCUGCCGCUGAAGACUGAGGAGAACCCUGCUGGUCUAUUCACCGAGCACGAGUUGUACAUGAUCGUGACAACCAUCUUCUCUGCUCUCUUCUUCGAUGUUGAUGCCACCAAGUCGUACUCCUUGAAUCGUGCCUCCUCGGCAGUCGCCACCCAGCUCGGCCAAGUCGUCGAGGCUACCGUCAAGGCCGACACUAGCCACGGUAUUGUCAGCAACCUGAUGAACAACUUCCGUGGCCACGACAACGCUCUCCGCGAGUACGGCACUGCUGCCCUCCGCCGCCUCCAGGAGGCCGGUCUCAGCUCCUCUGAGAUCACCUGGUCCCAGAUCAUCCCUCUGAUCGUUGGUAUGAUUCCUAACCAGGGCCAAGUCUUCACCCAAAUUAUUGAGUAUUACACCUCACCCCAGGGUAAGGCACACCUGUCCGAAAUCAACCGUCUCGCCAAGCAGGACACCGUCGAGAAUGACGAGGUGUUGUAUCGCUACUGUCUCGAGGCCAUCCGUAUCAAUGGAACCUUUGGUGCCUACCGUGAGGCCUCGAGCCCCAUCACCGUGCAGGACGGCGGCAAGACCAUCGAGAUCAAGCCUGGCGACAAGGUCUUCGCUUCCUUCGUGCAGGCCAAUCAUGACCCCACUAUCUUCCCCGAGCCCAACGAGAUCAAGCUCGACCGUCCCCUUGACUCCUACAUCAACCACGGCCAAGGCCCAAACACCGGCUUUGGUCAGCAAAUCACCAAGAUUGCCCUCGUCGCUAUGCUGCGCGUCGUCGGUCGUCUAGAGAACCUACGCCGUGCCCCUGGUGCUCAGGGCCAGCUCAAGAAGAUCCCCCAGGAAGGUGGCUAUUACGUCUACCUCCGCCAGGAUGGCACUUCUUACUUCCCCUUCCCGAUGUCGCUCAAGCUCCACUGGGAUGGCGACUUCCCUCCCAAGUUCUAA